UGGUCGAAAUACUGUGAGAUCGGUGAAAUGUCGAGACCUCAUAAAGAGACAUACAGUUGAUUUGCUACUAGUCUCGUCAAUUGUCUAUCAUGGCUGCGCCUCCCGAAGUAAAUAACAAGAAUCUUACCGGAAAAUAUAUCAUGAACAAGACAUUAAGCGAUGACAGCGACGAUAUCCUCAAGCUCCAGGGCGUAUCCUGGUUCAAGCGGCGUGCCAUCUCGAUGUUUACAUUGACGCUCGGCGUCAAGCAUUAUACAGACGAGGCCGGCAAUGAGCACAUAGACGUCGAGCAGACUCUGUCUGGCGGUAUUAAGGGCACGAAUGAAGACCGCACCCUUGAUUGGGAGGAACGUGGGGAGAUUGACGAUGUUUUCGGUGCUGUGAUCGGACAAUCAAAGAAAGUCAAAGCUGAGGAGGUGGAGGAUGAAUUCUUGAAAUCUGGCUGGACGGAAGAUGCAGUUAAAGACGGAUUGGUUCUCGCUGUAGACUGGAGCGAUACUCCAAAAAGUGGCAUGGAUUGGAGGGCAGAAAUGGUAUGACUUUAUCAUUCUGUCUUACUCGUCCCUCAUAUUUUUCAGACAUGGGGGUUCGAAAUACUGA